GGGGCACUGAGUCAGUCCGGGCAGUGCAAGUCCAGACUCAGAAACAUCUAAAGCCUGGGAUGAACGACGCUCAAAUAGGGAAGGCUGGAAGAAGGCAAGAGAAGUAGGGAAAGCGGGAGUCCCGGCGUCAGAAGGCUGGCAGAGACCGAGCUGAGCGUGUGGAGCAGGGUGAGGCGUGGGGAAGAUGUGCCAUCCUGGCCCUGGAACCGUGAUCCUUUGGGCCGUCCUCCUGGUCGGCGGGGCGGCGGCCGGCGGGGCCGGAGACCGGCUCGGGGACGACCCCUUCGAGAAGUGUUUCCAGGACCCGGACUCCAUGGAGCUGCUGGACACGCUGACGCACGGGCUGAAGCGCACGUCCCGGCCCCAGCGCGUGGUCGUCGUCGGGGCCGGCGUGGCCGGGCUGGUGGCCGCCAAGAUCCUGGGGGAGGCCGGGCACCGGGUGACCCUCCUGGAGGCCGAGAAGAGAGUCGGGGGCCGGAUCCUCACCUAUCGGAAUGAGACCUCGGGGGCCCUGGUUGAGCUGGGCGCCAUGAGAAUGCCCACUAACCACUGGCUCGUCCGCACGCUCUGCUCCAGCCUUGGCCUCUCCCUCGUCCCCUUCAGACAGGUCGACCCCCACACCUGGUACGCGGUGAACGGGGUGAAGCUUCGGACGUAUGAAGUGGAGAGGAACCCCGACCUGCUGGGAUACAAGCUGCGGCCGCGGGAGCGGAAGAAACUCCCCGAGGACCUGUACCAGCUGGGACUGGAUCCAGCCGUCCAAGAGCUCAAACGCUUAGGCUGCGCCCAGGUCUUGAAGAAAUACAACGCUUACACCCUUGAGGGCUACCUCCUCGGGGAGGGGAACCUCAGCCGAGAGGCCGUGCGGCUCCUGGGCGACGUCCUCGGCCUCGACGGCUUCUUGGCCCUGAGCUUCUCCGAAGCCUUGAGGGCCCACGGGGCCCUGAACGACCAGCACAGGUACCUGCGCGUAGCGGGGGGCUGGGACCUCCUCCCGGGCUCCCUGCUCCGCUCGCUGCCGGGCCCCGUCCACCUGGGCGCCUCGGCCCUGAGCGUCCACCAGGCCCGCUCGGGCUCGGGCUCGGCCCCCGCCUCCGUCACCUUCCUGGACCACGCAUCCCGGGAGCGGACCCUCCCGGCGGACCGCGUCCUGGUGGCCACCUCGGCCCCGGCCGCCCUGCGCCUGACCUUCGACCCUCCGCUGACCCCCACCCGGCGCCAAGCCCUCCGCCGCCUCCACUACGUGGGCGCCACCAAGGUGGCCCUGGGCUUCCGCCGGCGCUUCUGGGAGGCGGAGGGGAUCGCCGGCGGCAAGUCCGUGACCGACGGCCUCUCCCGGGCCGUGUACUACCCAUCCGGCGAGGCCCGGGGCCCCGGCGGGCUCCUGCUGGCCAGCUACGCCUGGUCGGCGGCGGCCGGGGCCUUCGCCGGGCUGCCGGCCCCCGAGGUGUUCCGGCUGGCGCUGGCGGAGCUGGAGGGGCUGCACGGGGCCCAAGUGUGGGAGCUGUGGGACGGAACCGGGGCCGUGCAACGCUGGGCCCAGGACCCCCGCAGCCAAGGCGCCUUCGUCGUGAUGGAGCCCGGCGGGGCCGCGGCCGCGGAGCCCUGGACCAAGCCCGAGGGACGGGUCUACUUCGCCGGGGAGCACACGGCCUUCCCUCACGGCUGGGUGGAGGCGGCGGUCAAGGCCGGGCUCCGGGCCGCCCGGGCCAUUCACCGCGACGCCUGACUGGGGGAUCUGAUGAGCGCUUACUGAGCGCCGGGGCGGAGGCGAGCCAGU